GGAGGUGGUACAGAGCCUUCCUUGGGGAGAAGUCUGCUGCGUGCUGAGGUGUGGGCUGGAACUACCCAGGCCUCGUGAGCCGGGGGAGAGAACACCCAGUUCUGCCCUGAAGAUUGGGGAAAAGGGACAUCCUCAAGGCCAAGACUGUUUUCAAAGGAGAAAGAACUCGAUGCCUGGUCAAGUCUGAGGGCCCUAGACUGAGGCCACAGCUCACAGGAGCAUCCAUUCUGUCUGCUUGAACCCAGACUCUUGCCCCCACUCCUACCUCAUCUUCGGCUCCUCCAGGGACUGCCAUGGACUCAGCAACCAAGGACGAAGUGCAGCCCUCACUUCCCCCCGGCUCUUCCUGCCCAGGGCCUGAGUGGCCAGAGCAGGAGAGGGCGGAGCAGCUUGCCCGAGGAGCAGCACUCAAAUGGGCCUCGGGUAUCUUCUACCGGCCGGAGCAGCUGGCCAGACUGGGCCAGUACCGCAGCCGUGAGGUUCAGCGUACUUGUUCCCUGGAAGCACGCAUCAAGUCAGUGGUGCAGUCCUACCUGGAGGGCGUGAAGACUGGCGUGUGGCAGCUGGCCCAGGCUUCUGAGGCCGUGCAGGGAGCCCGUGAGGCCCUGGGCCAGGCCCAUGGGUUGCUACAGGGUAUGGAAGAGACCACGCAGACCCUGAAACCGCUGCGGGAACAGGUUGCACAGCACAAGCAGCUGCAGGUCCUGUCUCAGCUGCUGCCCCGGCUGUGGGCAGUGCCAGCUGCAGUGGCCCACACGCAGACCCUGAUUGAUGCCCAGCGGCUCUUGGAAGCAUAUGUGUGUCUUCGGGAGCUGGAGCAGCUACAAGAAGAGACAUGGGCCCCUCUGGAGGGCCUGGAGUUGCCAGUCUUUGAGGGGCUGGGCCCUCUGGCUGAGGCUCUUGGCCGGGCAGUGGAAACAGUUGCAGGGGCCGCAGGGCAGCUGGCAAGGGAGGACCCAGCCUUGCUGGUGGCCGCUGUGCGUGUGGCGGAGGUGGAUGCUGGGUACAUGGCCUCCCUAGAGCUGGCCCCCAGGGACUGGCGGCAGCGCUGUCUGCAGGCAUUACAGGAGGGCCUGGAGCGGACCCACUUUGGGACACCUCUUCUUCCUGAGCCAGGGGCCCUGGCAGGGUGGCUGGAAGCCCUGCGGGUGGCUUUACCAGCCGAGUUGGCCAUAGCUGAAGCACUAGUAGCACCCUGCUGCCCACCACACUACAAAGUGGUCCAGCUAUGGGCCCACACCCUGCACAGUGGACUGCGCCGCUGCCUGCAGCAACUCCUGGAAGGGCCCGGACUAGGAGCUGCUGAUGCCUUCACCUUGCUGCACUGGGCACUGCAUGUGUACCUGGGGCCAGAGAUGAUGGGGAGCCUAGAGUUGGGGCCUGAGGCUGAUGUGUCUCAGCUGGAGCCCCUCCUGACCCUGGAGAACAUUGAACAGCUGGAGGCAACAUUUGUGGCCCAAACUCAGGCCAAUGUGACCCAGUGGCUGCAGAGGGCACUGGAUGGGGAGGUAGCUGAGUGGAACCGAGAGCAGGAACCCGGCACAGACUCUUCUGGCUUCUACCACUCACCUAUGCCGGCCAUAGUGUUGCAGAUCCUGGAAGAGAACAUUCGCGUGACCAGCCUGGUCAGCGAGUCACUGCAGCAGCGGGUGCAUGGCAUGGCACUAUCAGAACUGGGCACAUUCCUGAGGAGCUUUAGUGAUGCUCUGAUCCGAUUCUCUCGAGACCACACCAGUGGGGAAGCAACAGCUCCUCAUUACGUGCCCUACCUACUGGCCACCCUCAACCACCAGUCAGCAUUCAGUUCCUCCGUGUCAGGCCUGCAGCCCGAAGGGGCGGCUUCGGGAGCUUUGGCUCCGGUGGGGACAGCGCUGGACGAGUUACAGAGGAGGAUUUGCCGUCUGGUGUUGGAGGCGCUGCUGGCAGAGCUCCAACCCCUGUUCGCGGCUCUGCCCUCACGCCGGUGGCUGUCGAGCCCAGAGCUACUGGACGAUGUGUGCGAGCGGACAGCGCGCUUCUGCCAGGAGUUUAGGCGCGUGCGGAAUCCUGCGGCCCAGCUGCUCCUGGCGGAGGCAGAACGUAUGGUGGUACUGCAGUACCUACGUGCGCUGAUGCAGGGCCGCCUAGUGUGCCGAGGAGCCCACGAGAGGACCCAGGUGGCCGAGCGACUGCAGCACGACGCGGCCCAGCUUCGGGAGCUUUUCCUUGGUUUGGGCCUGGAGGAGAGUGUUCAGUGCGCACCAGUGCUCCUCGCUCUGCGGGAUCUGUUGAACCUCCGCGACCCCAUGCUGCUUGGCCUCGAGGUGGCGGGUCUACGACAAAAAUUUCCCGACGUGAGUGAGGAUCAUAUCUCUGCCCUCUUGGACCUGCGCGGGGACGUGUCACGGGAGCAGCGCCUGGCCGCACUCAGCUCCUUGCAGGCCGGCCCGCAGCCCUCGCCCUCUGCCGGUCACCGCGCACUCUUCAGCCUCGUCCCAGCACCUACUCCUGCGCUAUCCUCUUGCCUUCCCUCGGGGCCCUGUGCCUGACGCCCGGCUGCCCUCCGGAUACAGGGAUGGCCCCCAGAGGCCUGAAUUGUGUAAUGGAGAAGGGGGUAUAAAAUAAAAGUGUGAUUGGGACGCCUGGGUGGCUCAGUGGGUUAAGCCUCUGCCUUCAGCUCAGGUCAUGAUCUCAGGGUCCUGGGAUCGAGUCCCGCAUCGGGCUCUCUGCUCAGCAGGGAGCCUGCUUCCCUCUCUCUCUCUGCCUGCCUCUCCAUCUACUUGUGAUUUCUCUCUGUCAAAUAAAUAAAUAAAAU